UGUUUCUUAUCUGAGCGUAAUUUUUUUUGGUUUGUUAUUGAAAGUCGAAUGCUUCCAAGACAAUUUAUCAAACGGAACGUUUAAAAUUAAAAGAAAACUCGUCGGUUUGUAUAACUUUCCGUUAAUUCUGGUCAUAUUGUAGAGUUGACAAAAAAAAAGUUAUUUUCAUAAUUCGUGUGGAACACGUCUAUUGCUAUUUCUUUUCGUAACAUCGAUUCUAUUUGAAGCACGCAUAAACGGAAUUGAAAUUAUAAUGACAACCUAUGCACAGGACCGUGACGGAAAGUAUAUUCCAGCAUCACAACGACCGGAUGGAACUUGGCGAAAGGCACGUCGCGUUAAAGAUGGUUAUGUACCACAAGAAGAGGUGCCAUUGUAUGAAAGUAAAGGGAAAUUGUUUAUGAAAAAACCCGCAUUGCCGGUUGGAAUGUGCCCAAUUGUUGCACAACAAACGAAAGAGAAACGCGAAAGACAACAACAACAACAACAACAACAGAAAAUUAACCCAAUACCCGGACUGUAUGUCUUGCCAAACAGUAGCAAUAACAACGAUAAUAAUCAGAAAAAGAAGCAAAAUGUCAAGGUGCCCAAUGGUAUAAGUGAAACGACAUCAAAAAAAUCCACACCAAAGCAAAAAACAACGGCCAUCAACAAUGCAAAAGUGAACGACAUUGCCGCCAGCAGCAAUGUCACACCAUCAACAUCGUCGUCAACAUCAUUAUCAGCCAACAGCAAUGCAACCGCAUUGAGCGAUGCCAUUACAAAUAUGAAAAUUACAACCGAUGACGAUCCAAACAAAACAAUAAAAAAACUACGAAAAAAGAUUAGGGAAAUUGAAGCGAUCGAAUUAAAACAAAAUAAUGGUGAAAAAAUUGACGCAGACCAAAUCCAAAAACUCAGUCGAAAAGACGAAAUACUGAAGCAACUGGAGCAGUUAGAUUAUAAAUAAUAGUAAUUCAUUGAAAACGAAUAACGUACGCGUGCGUGUGCUCUCAAAAACAUUGUCUUGUGUAUCAAAACAAAAACUCACUCUCAUUUUUGCUUUAGGUGCCAUCCAACAAAACUCUAUCCUUCCCAUUAAUAACAUUAAUUUAUCAGAUGGAGUUCAUUUACCAAUAUUUUGUAUCAGUAGAAAACAAAACAAAAGAAGAAAGAAAGAAGAAGAAAAAACAUUGUAUAAAUCUAUAAAUUGUAUCGGCGCAUUUUAAUGUCAUUGGAAAAAUUAUCAAAUGCAAUUCAGAAUCAACAUUAUCGCACCAAGAUUUAUAUAUAUUUUAUCGUAUCAGUGUGUUUAAACACCGCAGGAUUUACAUUUACAUACAUAUUUUGAGUAUACAAAAUUACAAAUAUUUUGAGAGAAAGAAAAAGAAAAAAAAAACAAUUUAGAUAAAGCAAAUGUGUAAAAUUUAACAAAUUCAUUCAAGUUUAUGUACAAUUUGUGAUUUAAAUUACAUUAUAAUUUCAGAUGGAAAUUAAAUAAAAAAGAAAGUAAUAAUAAA